GGGGCGCGCGCUCCGGGAUAAAAACUCUGAGGGAAACCGGGAGCGCCCCGCAAAAGUGCGUGCGCGCCGUCAGACGGAGUUCGACGCUUCACGGGAGACCGCGGCCCACACGCCACCGCCAGUGCCCACUGAGCUCUGCAUCGGCAACAGAAACUCCAAGACGCGACCGAGCGACCUCAUGAUGGCAGGCAGCAAGCUAACCCUCCUGGUAUUUUUAUUCGCUGUGGUCCUACUGCCGGCAAUCGUCCACUGCAGGUCCCUCUUCCAUCGCGACCGGCGCAGCGGCAUCUCUGACCAGAGGCUGGCUGAACUUGAGACCCUGGCUGGGCUCAAGUCCCUGCGGCACCGGCUCAAGGGCAUCACGUUCCCAGUGGCCUACGGACUCGUCGAUCCCAACAAAAUUGGCAAGAGGAAGCGUUCCUUUGAGUCUCAGGAAGAGUCCCAGCAGCCGCAGCAGCAAUCCCAGAGCGGUCGUCAAGCAGGCGCCACCGACGCGUCUUCAUCGUCGUCGCUUUACCAGAACAUUGUGGACGACGCCGCACUCGAGGACUACCUGACCGGGCUGCCGACCCCCGACGUGACGGCACAGAGGGUCCGCUCUCCAGACCAACUCCUUAGGAUAUAGGCAGUGCCCCGAAUUUUCCCUAAUUUAUUAUAUCCUAUAAGACGCCCUCAUCGAACUAAGCCUGUGUUCUGAGUUCCCCCUUUCACAAAACGUUGCCUCGUUUUCGUCUGCCACUCGUAUGCUAUCCGUUCGGUGAUGAGACCGGCGUUUACGCGAUACAAUGGCUAUAAUGUGGGGCAAAGAAUGUAUUAAAAAAUAAGGUGCAUUACGCAAACCGAAAAAAAAUAUUCACAACACAUCUUAACGAAAAAAAAAAAAGGUAAUGUAAACAGCCAGACUCCACAGCUACUCCUCAAUGGAAGAUAAAUACCAAAAAAAAAACAACACAAAUGCGUGGUUUUAGAGGGAGCCGAAGGUGGUAAUUCUGGUCAAUAAGAAUAAUACAGGACCGAAUAUAGUGAACGAUCUAACCUUUAUAUUAAACACAAUGAGUGCUUGAGGCGCUCGACGUAUUUCCUCAGACAAAAGAACAGUCGAUCACGCUUGUUAUAGUUAUUUCUGAGCACGCUACGGUACCGGCGUCCCGUCUUUUCGUCAUCAUGCUGUGCUUAUUUUCUUUAUAUGUAUCAUUGUUUUCUUAUUACAAUGUACUUUCGUAUGAUUUGUCGUACACUGCUGCGAUCGCCUGUGCCAUUGCCGACGGUGUGUCCAACCAGUUGGAUCGGCUGAAAUUAUGUGUGUAAUAUUGAAAACAUAUAUUUGCUGUGCCUCAGCGUCGACUGCUGAAGUCGUGUGGAGAGUGAUAAACGAGUGGGGAAAAAGUUGGAACCUCCAUAUUUACGCGUAUUGAAGGUUCUGCCGAGAUACCUUUGCGCAAUAUUUAAGCGCAUAUUCUUAUUCAAUGUAGAAAACUUGAUCUUGUCUAACACAUCUCAAUCUUCGCAUAAAAAUAUUAGGACAAUGAAUUAAAUAAAGUAACUUAUCUUGGAGGCGUGGCGUCUGUAGCGUGUUCCGCACUCCGGAUUCUCCUCCAGCACACGUAGUCUGCAACAGCAUAGUCUUCGGUGUAGGUUUUGGUCAUCAACAUGUCAUCAAGACGCUAAGACGUCACCUUUCAACACGCACAAUUUGGAAAGCAUCUUUUUCAUGGUAUUGUCAUUUAUAUGACCCAAGAAGUUUGCCGCUGCUACGAAUAAAGCAGUAAAUGUUCGAGGUAUUGCGCCGAGAAGCACUGUAGUGACUUGUCACUAACCAGAGGUGCAUAAAUGCAUAAGUAAGCCUUCCAAACUCUAGUACGUAUGAAGCAAUAAACCAGAACAUCUACACCCGAUAAACAAUUAGAUGUACAACAUAACGAACACAUUAAGCUUUGAACUGGUGUGCAAAGCGAAAUAACGGACAGGAACACUCCUAUCUCCCCACUUUGGAUUCAUAAUUACUAUCAAUGAGAACGCUGGCGAUAGGAUUCUUCUACGUCAAUAGAUGGUAGCUCUCAUGUAAUUCACGAUAACUGCCUGCAAGGCUGCCCAAUCUCAACUGUUGUGCUGCUCAAGGAAACGUCCCAGACGUUGCAGGUACUUACACUUCAAUACAAAAUCCAUCAUCCUAAACGUUCAACGAAAACUUCGAGAAUCACUUAUUCACACUACAGAACAAAUAUGUUGUAAAGGAAAAAAAAACUGAGACGGUAUAUGUGUUUUUGUGCUCAACUUGUCUUGCUUCUACGUAAUGAAGAAAACGGCGUCGUAAACCUCCGAACAUUUUGUCGCGAAAUACUAGCGCACUCAACAAACAUAUUUAUUUAAAUUUUGUCGGACACAUACUUGUUUGAGAAUGCAUAAGGUUUACACUCGCUGCAAAUGGGCACGCGAGACGUUGGUGGAAGCGCCGUUCACUCUAUUUUAUUCGGAAACAGUGCGUGUGUUUUCUGAACACAGGUUUCCUUUGUAAUCUGGCAAAAUAAAUAACCUUGAAGAGCCUUAGUACAGUUCAGAACAUAUCCAUAGUUCAAUAGAAUGGCACUGCGUCUGCUUAUAAAAUAAUGGUCACUCGAGAAUAUGAAUAACAGGUAUCAUAAUUCGUCCACAGUCCAGUGUGUAGGUCCCUAAUAUGGGCAUGUCGUCCGCGCAUGGCGCGCCACUAAAUUGAGUUAAUUUUUACCGUUUCCUUUACUGUUACAUUACUUAGCCCCAGUAGUAGACUCUUGCUUAUCAGGGCGGCUUCGCGCGAUGAGCCAGUAAACCAAAAAACAACCACAAGGGAACGCUUGCCAAAGCUUACAAAACUGCAGUUCAUUGUUUAUCAAAAUGUCGUCAGCAUUUGUUGAGUACCUAUGCUGCUGCUGCGUUAGACGUCAAUGUUUCUAUUUGAGAUGAUGGUCUGUGAAUGCGUGCGAUUAGUGAAUUGAAAAUAUGCUUUCAUGUAAACGUCCCACUGCAAAUGUUUUGUUCGCCUGUUGUUGAUUCUUUUGUGCGAGAUGCCUAUGACGGUAUCUCAGUGUUGAGCUGUACGUUCAAAGUUUUGGAGUUAUAUUCAUUGAACAUGAGUUGAGCGGUUUGCUUAGAAGUGGCGAAGCUGCCCGUGUUCGAUUCACCCAUCAAACCCUUUUAGCAGCUACUAGUAUCAAUUAGAGAUGUCAGCGCGCGACGUCGGAGAUGGCGGUAUACUAUAUUUGCUGUCAACCGAAAAUUUAUUGCUGUUCACCAGCCAACGUGCUUUCCUUGCGAUGUAGUGGUUCCCCCUUUUCUCCUUUUAAUAUGUAUAUUAUUCAGCACUUGUUUCAUUGUAUUAUAUACAUGCAGUUCCCUGUCAACCAAGUUGUUUUCUGUGGAAUGUCGUAUGCAGUUAUGCUGCGCCGCAUUUUGUAAAUAUAGGUACCUUUAGAGCUUUAUGCUCAGUAGUUGUGCCGAUUAGAUUCAUUGUUGCCAGAAUAAAAAAAAAAACGUACUGUUCGUCUGU